UGUGCACAUCUUGUUUUCUUGUGGGGACAGCGGCGAUGUCUUAAACGAAAUUGCUCUUCUUAAUCAACUCAACUGGAAUAGUAUUUCUCAUUUCUAAUUAUAUAUCUGUAACACACCAGACCCUGGAAAAGACUAGAGGAUAAAAUGUUUGUCACAGUGAAGUUUGGAGCUGAUCAACAACUUAUUUUGAACCCCAACUGCAAGGUGGUUAAUCUGGCUGAAAUUCUGAGGGAGAAGUGUCAGUGUGGGCCAGAGGUUUCUAUAGAUCUCCUGGAUGAAUUGGGAAACCUAGUAAACCUGAGUGAUCUGGAGGGGUCACAGGACAACGCCACAAAUUACCUAAAGGAGCGGCAUCGCUAUAUUCUAGUUAGAAUUAUACGGGGAGAAGGAUCUGAGACGGCUCGUUACGAGUCUAUGCUGGACAAUCUGGGAAAGCGACAUCCAGAUUUAGCAGAGCGCUUGCAGAAGCUAUCACACCCCCAUUUACGAGAAAAGUGGCGCAACACCACACAGAAGAAGGUACGCCAACCCAAAGAAACAUUUUUUCCCUCUCCAACCAAGAUCCGAGCUAUGUCCCAGCAAAAAAGCAGACCAUCUUGAGUUGAGAUGUCAAUGUUUCUGAACAGACUUUGUAUUUAGCACAACCCUGCUGUUGACAAAAAAUGCCAUAAAAAAACUAAUGUUGCAAAAGUCA